CCACUCUCUUCCUCGGGAUCCUCCCAGAUCCAUCGAACCAACCACCUCCUCCCCUUGAUCCCCUCCUGAUCCGUUCCACCAACCAGCGCCCGAGCCCGAGCUCCUUCGAUAAGAGCCACCAGAAGAUCCCUGCUGCCCCGACCGAGAGCGAGCUUCUCCCGUUUGCUCUCUCUCUGUGGCGCCGUCGCCGUCGGCGAACCUAGUCAACCCGUCGCCCCUUCCCAUCUUCUUCUCCUUUUUCCCUCCUCCCUCUGGUUCACUCCCUCGUUUCUCAUGCCUCCCCCUCGUUGUUCCAGGAGGAAACCAGGAGCGCCAUGGUUGCCCGUAGCUCCCUCAUCGUCGGGAAUGAGUUCUGCCGCCACCAACAGAACCAGGGCCCUGACUCGCGCCCGAUCCUUCCCCUCAUCCAGGAGGUAGGAGCCCGAGCUCCUCUAUCCCUCCCCGCCGGCCAAGACCUUGCAACCCGCUGCUCGGAGCAGGCAGCCUCCGCUCCUUCUCACCCCGUCUGCGUUGCCAGGAUCGCGUCAAGGCCGCCGCUGUCCCGUUCGUCUUCCCCGAAGACCAACAGCACCGAGCCACUGGCGAGCAGCAUCAGCUCCCUCCUCCCUGGCUGCGGAUGUGCCACGACCGUUGCCGGCGAACCCAGCGACAACGUCGUCAUUCCAACCCCUGCAACUCCCGUCAGUUGUCGCGUUCCUUCUCCGGUACCUCGUCCCCGUCGAAUUUGCUCGAGCUCGACACCCCUGUGCCUCAAGUUCCUUCCACCGGAGCAGCCAGUCUCCAGGAGCAGGAGCUGUCUCGCCUCCCAGCUCGCCAUCGCCGGGAACGGAUCCCUUCGUCCCGGAUCCGUCCUGAUCCGGCCGCCUCCAACCGUCCCUGCCGCCAAGCGCCGUCGGCGACCUUUCCUGAUUCGCGCUGAGAGCCGCGCCCCUAUUUUGCCCGAAGGGAACGAGCAGGACGACGAGCGCGUUGACCAACCCGUUUUCUGCUUCCCGAUCGAGUGCCUGGGCUGACCUCGCUUCGUGCCUCAUCGCGCCCUGCCCGCGGCCCAGCCUCUCCACCGAGUUGGGCGAAGGCCCAUGGGUGAGGCCACCCCAGCGCCCCACCUUUUUUUCCUGCUGUUGGGCUAGUUCUUGUUUCGGCCCGUAAAGUUUUUUUUCCAGAUAUGGUGAUUUUGUCAUUUUUCCAGGGAAUUGCAGUAUUGCAGUUUAGCCCCUAAACUUCAUGCAUAUCCUAACUAAUUAACCGUGCAUCGGAUUAAAACAAACUUUAUAUGUAAAAUGUCU